AUGAGCUUUGCAUCCUGUACGAACACCUCGUCGGUGGCGACGGCGGCUGGCAGUUGGAGCAAGGACGCCGACAGCGGCUUUCGCUACCAUGCACGCGACUGCCUCCUCGUGCGCCCGUCGGCCAGCCGGGUGCGCAAGUGCCUCAGACAUCGCCACCUGCUCUUCGUCGGCGACUCGCUACAGCGCUAUCUGUAUCUCACGCUGGCCAAUUUCCUCGUGACUGGCGAAUGGCCCCGCGACUUGAAGGCUGGUGAGCGCUCGCCGUGCUUCGAGGGCGCCUAUGCGCUCAACAAGACCCGCGACGAGGUCUGGCCCGAAUACUUUCGAGGCACUAACAGCGACUUGCGGGGCGCCGAGAUCUGCGACUGCUUCCGCACCACUUGCUGCAGCGAGGCGGUGCUCAACGAGAAUCGCUACACGCUGUUUGACGGCGCAGCGGUGAGCUUCGUCUCCCAGAUGGUGUCGCCGGGCUGGGAAGUUCACGGCUCUACCCUCCCCGACAGCUGGCCUCGCAUGCGGGCGAGCACAACCUGCACGCCAGGUGAAUGCGUCGCCACGAGCACUGGCCGCAACCGACCUUGGCGCAUCGGCGCAUCGGCCAACAUGCCCGACAAGCGCUGGGCAUGGUCGGAGCCACUGCCCAAAUUUCUGCGCACCACCAUGCCCCACCUCGGCGUCACGGACGUGCUGUUCAACCCGGGCCACCACUACAAUCCGGACACGAACCUGCUUUUCAUGCGGCGCGUGUUCGAUAGUGCGAUGCGAGGCGCGUCGCAUCGCGCAUGGUGGCGCACUACCACCCCACGGCUCAGGGGAGGUCUUAGCGCCACCUCACGCCAAGGCUUCCCUCUCGGCGUCAAGGGCGCCACGAGUCUCGCGCACGAGAUGGGUGUGGGCGUCGUGGACGUGCUCACGAUGCUCAUGCAGCUACCAAGGCAGCUCAAGUCUGCUGACUGGGCUAUCACCGAGGGCGCGUUCGUCGAUGGGGUGCACCUGCAGUGUAGCGUCAAUCGCGAGCUACUCAUCGUCAUGCUGAACGCGAUAUGCGCGUUUUAA